GUGGAUGUUGAUGUCACCUUGUAGUACUGUAAACCCGCGUAGUACACAGUUGUAAAAUGUAAACAGCAUUGGCGUUGUGCACGUGCAAUGGUGCAUUGCGACAUUACUAUCCAGGGUAGCAUGCAAUGCAUGCGAUGCCUUCGUAUUUCGAGUGUGUUACAACCCUAGCUUCUAGUACGAUUGUGGUGAAAAGACAUCUCUAAAGUUAAGUACAAAUAACGAAGCUACAUCCUACAUAUCUAAAGAAGAAAUGGGGGAUAAAAUAGAGCCUAAAAUGAUCGAGAUCGAGAGAAAAUUUCUAGUGAGUGGAGACACGGGUGAGAAGAUUGUGAAUGCCGGUGGAACAUUCAGUGGCGUAGUAACACUGACUGACAGUUAUUUUGACAAUGAAAAUUACAGUCUAACCAAGGAAGAUUUCUGGUUGCGACGAAGAAAUGACCAGUGGGAACUAAAGAUGCCUCCCAAAAACCGUCAGGAUGAAUCUGCAUCAUGCACGCAAUACAAGGAAGUGACAAAUGAACAUGACAUUGUAACAGAGUUGGCCGCCAUCUUGUUCAAUAACUCUCCAAAUGAUGAUGAUGCUGCGAAUGGUAAUGAUCAAAUGUAUGAAGCGAAAGAUGUUCAGACAAUGGUCACGAAGUUUGGUCUUGAACCGUUUGCAGAUCUCAAAACCAGUCGUAAAAACUAUCGCAUGAACGAUGAGAUUUCAAUCACCAUUGACGAGACGGACUUCGGUUUUCAGGUCGGAGAGAUCGAGAUGAUGGUUCAAAGUAGUGAUGCUGAUGUCAUAAGUGAUGCAGUUGCUAAAAUUGAAGGAGUGGCACAAAGUUUAGGUUUUUCCAACCUAGUCUCUGUUCAAGGAAAAUUGGAAGCUUACCUGUCAGCCAACAAUCCUACACACUACCAGACACUGAUAGAUGCUGGCAUCUUGAAGGAUUACAGAUGAUCUACACAGACUGGCAUGAAGACUAUACCCAUAUCAGCACCAGUUGCUCUAUUGAGGAACAUGGAAUAAACCAUAGCCUACUGUGUCCACGUGUAUAUAUGAUUUAAAUGAUUGUGUAGAAUUUGGAUAAUUCCUAUGGAGGAAUGAGAUGGUGUUCAUUUUUUACACGUUUUUAAGAUUAUAGAGAAGUAAACUUGUUUUUAUUCAGAUUAUCCAACACUUUCAUAUUUCAUAUUCGUCAGGGUUAAGGGGCAUAGUAUCGCACCACUUUGCUGUACGACACAUGUUCCAAGGUCAAUAUAAUUUAAUACUAGGAAUUAGGAAAUACAAAACAGAACAAGGUUGAAUUGAUACAUGUUCCACUAUAACAUAUUAAAGGGGAAGUUCACCCUGACAAAACUUUGUUGUAAAAAUGGCCGAAAAAAAAUAAUUAUAUUUCUGAAGGUUUGCGGAAAUUCCAUCAAAGAAUUUAAAAGUUAUUAGAAUUUUUGAUUAGUUGAUUUGUAAUGUCAUAGUUGAGCAGCAUUCCUACAUGGCGA